UACAAAACUCUCCACGGGCGGCCCUCCUCCCCGACCCGGGCAGGCCGGGUAGGGCGUAGGCCUUCACCCGGCCCCGGCCCCUCCUCGCUAGCGCUGCCCGCCUGACGCCUCCCCGAGGCGGCGCGGUCAUGGCGGCGGGGCGGCGCUGAGUGUCGCGGCAUGGCGGGGCCCGGUGCGGUUUCUUCGCGGCUGGCGCUAGCCCUCGCCGCGUUGGCCGCACUGGCCGCCGUCAAGUACUACCGGGACGCCGAAGCCGCCCGGCAGCAGGAGCUGGCACUGAAGUCUUUGGGAAGCGAGGGACUGUUUCUCUUUUCUUCUCUGGACACAAACAAUGAUCUGUACCUCAGUCCAGAAGAAUUCAAGCCAAUAGCUGAGAAGCUGACAGGGGUUACUCCCGUCUCAGAAUUUGAAGAGGAAGAGACGCCUGAUCCAACCGGGGAGACGUUGUCCAUUGUGGCUAAAUUCCAGCCUCUGGUAAUGGAAACGAUGACAAAGAGCAAAGAUGGUUUCUUGGGAAUUUCUCACGUCGCUCUGUCUGGGCUGAGGAAUUGGACUGCCCCCGCAGCCCAUAUGAGUGUAAUGCUUGCCAAACAGUUUAAAGCCUUUCUUCCUCCGAAGAAUAAACUUGAUCUUGGGGAUCCGUGGUGGAUAAUACCUAGUGAAUUAAACAUCUUCACUGGGUAUCUUUCCAACAACAGAUUUUACCCUCCACCUCCCAAGGGCAAAGAGAUCACAAUCCACAGACUUCUGAGCAUGUUCCACCCACGCCCCUUUGUAAAAACCCGCUUUGCUCCCCAAGGAUCUGUGGCCUGUAUCCAAGCCAUCAGCACCUUCUACUAUGCCAUAGCAUUCAGGAUCCACGCUGAAUUCCAGCUGAAUGAGCCACCAAACUUCCCCUUCUGGUUUUCUCCAGGCCAGUUCACAGGUCACAUAAUCCUCUCCAAGGAUUCUUCCCACGUCCGAGAGUUUAAGCUCUUUGUCCCUAACAACAGGUCUCUGAACGUUGAUAUGGAGUGGCUGUAUGGAGCGAGUGAAAGCAGCAACAUGGAAGUGGAUAUAGGUUACCUGCCUCAGAUGGAGCUGGAAUCCACAGGGCCUUCAGUCCCCUCUGUGAUCUAUGAUGAAAACGGAAAUGUGAUUGACAGCAGAGAUCCCUCAGGGGAGCCUAUUCAGUUUGUUUUCGAAGAGAUAACCUGGCAGCAGGAAAUCCCCUGGGAAGUGGCAGCCCAGAAGCUGGAAGUGGCCAUGUAUCCAUUUAAGAAGGUCUCCUAUUUUCCCUUCACACAAGCUUUUGAGAGAGCAAAAGCAGAAAAGAAGCUGGUGCACUCGAUCCUGCUCUGGGGUGCCCUGGAUGACCAGUCCUGCUGAGGUUCGGGGCGAACUCUCCGGGAGACUGUCCUGGAAAGUUCGCCCAUUCUUGCCCUGCUGAAUGAGAGCUUCAUUAGCAGCUGGUCGCUGGUAAAGGAGCUGGAAGAGCUGCAGACCAACAGAGAGAAUGAGUUCUACAGCAAGCUGGCUGACCUGCACCUUGAGAAAUACAAUUUCCCCGUGGAGAUGAUCAUCUGCCUCCCCAAUGGCACGGUGAUUCACCAUAUCAAUGCCAACUACUUCUUGGAUAUUACUUCUAUGAAGCCUGAAGAUGUUGAAAGUAGCGUCUUUAGUUUCUCAAACAAUUUUGAUGACCCUUCUACUGCAACUUACCUCCAGUUUCUGAAGGAAGGACUGCAAAGAGCAAAAUCAUACGUGCAGACCUAAAAACAAAGGCACCUGUAUGCCCCCGUGGAGAUGGCCAAACACUUCAGACAUCUAUUUUGAUUGCAGCAGUUCUUCCUCAUCUUCAUGCCACUGAUUAUAAGAUGCAGACUGUUCCAAGAGUGAUGUCCUCCAUACCUCCUUGCCAGCAGUAGCAGCAGCUCCAAGCUGUAAGCUACUCUGUGGCAUGGAUCCCAGUUCUUUGUGGUGACAUUUAUUGACAGCUAUGGCAACCAGUGCAUAGUGGGACUGUAGCUGAAAAUGUGUAGACAUGGAAGUAGGAUCUAGCUGGAGGCUUGAUCUCUGGAGUAGCCUCCUCCCAGCUCCCUGGAUGCCUCAGACACCUAUCCUGUGUGACAUGGUGUGGGAGCUGUCUCAUUUAUGCAUGUUCUUUGCAUCUGAUGAAGACGGUGAGGUUGAUACAGUGAAAUUAGGAGUGGAGAACAGGGCAUUUGAGAUAUGGUGUAGUUUAGAGAUGUCAGUUGUGAUUAACUUGGGGAUUAGGGACCAGAGUCUCUGAAAGUGAGCUCUACCUGUACAGUAUGUGAGCAACAGGCUAUGGACACCAUAAUGAGCAGUGCCCCCAUCCCAUUCAUACCAAGGCUACUCCCACCCCACAUGGUAUGAGCGCUUUAUUCUUCCAGUGUCUCUUCAGUGGUGAUGAAAUACUCGGUCCAUGUUUGCUCUGAUUUUCCAAGUCCUACUGAAUGAUGAACCAUGAUGAAGUUCCCUUUGGGAAGGGAAGGUUCAGCAUUAUCCUGAGAGCAUUAACUGCUGAGAACUGAGCAGUUUUAAAGGCCAGCAGUAUAAAGAAACUGUCAGGAGACUUUCCCAAAUAAGCAGUUGUUUAACCAGAAUGCCAUUGUCCCUUUUCUGCAAACAUCCUGAGCAGUUGUUCCUACUCCAUUCCAAUGCCUGACUACACAGUGAGUGCAGUUUGGGGAAGGAAGGGUUAAAUGAAAAGGAGUUUUUAAGCAUCUUCUUGUAAAUAGGUGAGAUUAAGCAUCUUCAAUAGAUGGCUGCAAACAGCUAUGGCUGUUGAUGCUUUUUCUGCUCUCUGAAGCACGGUUUUGUUGGACCAAAUCAAAAGUGGUGGGAAUGCCUUUUUUUUUUUUUUUUUUUUAGGAAGGGGUAGAAUCACAGAACAGUUGAGAUUGGACAGAAGGUUUGGAGGUCAUUUGGUCCAAUCCCCCUGCUCAAGCAGGGACGCCCGGAACAAGUUGCGCAGGACCAUGUCCAUUUGGCUUUUGAAGAUCUGCAAGGAGGGAGACUCCACAACCUCUCUGGGCAGCUUAUUCCAGUGCUCUGUCACCUGCACAGUAAAGAAGUGCUUCCUGAUGUUUAGAUGGAACCUCUUGUGUUCCAGUUUGUAGCUGUUGCCUCUUGUCCUGGCACUGGGCACCACUGAAAAGAGCCUGGUUCUGUCUUUUUGCACCCUCCCUUCAGGUAUUGAUACACAUUGAUAAGGUUCCCCACAAACUUUCUCUUCUCCAGCCUGAACAGUCCCAGCUCUCUGUGCCUCCUUACAAGAGAGGUACGACAGUCUCUGUAUUGUCUUGGUAGCCCUCUGCUGUACUCUUUGCAGUAUGUCCAGGUCUCUUGUACUGGGGAGCCCAGAGCUGAACACACAACUCCAGGUGUGGCCUCACCAGCGCUGGGUAGAGUGUAAGGGUCAUCUCUCUUGACUUGCGGGCAAUGUUUUGCCUAAUGCAACCAAAAAUAGUUAGCCUUCUUAACAGCAGAGGCACAUUGCUGGCUCACGUUCAACUUGGUGUCUUCCAGGGCUCCUAGGUUCUUUUCAGCAGAGCUGCUUUGCAGCGGGGUGGCCUCCAGCAUGUACUGAUGUCUGGCGUUUUUUCCUCCCCACGUGCAGAACUUAACGCUUUGCCUUGUUGAACUUCGUGAGAUUCCUGUACCCUUUCCUCAUCCUGCUCCAUUCCUUCUGUCUUUAUCCAUGGCUACAGGCUGUUUAGAUGGACCUUUGGGUAAGCCAGUGUAGCUUUAGUAAUUGCUCUAGUGAGAUUAAUUACCUGUGGGAUUUUUAUUUUAUGGACUUUAUGACUAUGCAUUAGCUCUGCACUUUUAUAGCACUCCAAGGGGCAUGUGGUAAUUACAGGAUUGGGUUUCAGACAGCACUUUUAGUGGUGGCUGUGGAAAGUGUCAAAGCUUCUAGGCAGCAUUAGAGACCAAUGCUGGCAGUCUCAGCCCCCUCUGUGUUCCUUCUGGGGACUUUGGCCCAAGCCAAGAGCAACAGAGCAAACCAAGUGCUUACCUCCCUCCAGCUCCUUGGGAAGCACAGCUUUAGUGUAGAUCAUCUCUCCUAUCUUUUACAGAGCUUUGUGAGUUUGUUUUGUUUGCAUCUUUUGUUAGUCCUGCAGUCAAUGGCUUCAGACUUCCAAGUGGUGUUUCUUGGUUGUGUGCAUGUGGAGAAUUCAUUCCAUUUGCUUUCCUUCCACUGGUUUUGCAGCAGAAGGGGUCAGAGAGGACAGGCAGUAGCUGAGCACUCAGGGAUUGUUGUCUUCUCAAGGCAUGGAAAAACAGCUGCAAGAGAGGUUCUGCAUAGCCGGGGGUAGUGGGUGGAGGAGGGAGGGGCGCCCUUCGCUCUUGUGUUGUGGUGUGUGCACAGGAUGGCAGGAGUGGCUUGAAUUGUCCCCGUGUUAGCUCAUUAACUACAAAACUGCCCAAUCUAAUCAACCUGUCACUGUCCAUUUACUGCUGUGGGUGGGCUCUGGACAGAAACUGUUGCCUGAGGCCUUCUUUUUAAUGUGUGCCAAGCUUUUUCUUGCAUUUGUAAACUUACUACGUUUUUUUCAGUAACCUUGUAAUACUUCGGGGGGGGGGGGGCGGAGACGCUGCUUUUCACGAUCUGCUGUGCCUUGUGAUGCUCUGGUCUGAAACCCACACGCGGGUCAGAGCUGAUGUCCAACAGCAGCGAUGCGGGGGAAAGUGGCGCUGCUCCCGCCUCCCUGCCCCGCGCGGGUCGGGUCGGGUCGGUGCCGUUGGCUGUGACGCGCUGCCCGGCGGGCUGGAACUGCACUAAAACUGAUCCCGUA